AUGUCUCAAUACGCUAGUAGUUCUACAUGGACUUCAUUUUUGAAGUCAAUUGCUUCAUUUAAUGGUGAUUUAUCAACAUUAUCUGCCCCACCUUUUAUUUUGUCUCCAGUUUCUUUAUCUGAAUUUUCUCAAUAUUGGGCUGAACAUCCAGAUUUAUUUUUACAACCUUCAUUUAUUAAUGAUUCAAAUUAUAAAGAUGAAUUUCCUCCUGAAUUAGAAGUCGAAUCUGCUGAAAUUGCACGUAUGCUGGCUGUUACUAAAUGGUUUAUUUCAACCUUGAAAUCUCAAUAUUGUUCUCGUAAUGAAUCAAUGGGUUAUGAAAAAAAACCAUUAAAUCCUUUCUUAGGUGAAUUAUUUGUCGGGAAAUGGGAAAAUAAAGCAAAUCCAGAAUUUGGUGAAACUGUAUUAUUAUCCGAACAAGUAUCUCACCAUCCACCAAUUACUGCAUAUUCUAUAUUUAAUGAUAAGAAUAAUGUUAAAUUACAAGGUUAUAAUGAAGUUAAAGCAAGUUUCACUAAAUCUUUGAUGUUAACUGUAAAACAAUAUGGUCAUACAAUUUUAGAUGUUCAUGAUGAAAGUUAUUUAGUGACUCCACCUCCUUUACAUAUUGAAGGUAUUCUUGUUGCAUCACCAUUUGUUGAAUUAGAAGGUAAAUCUUUUAUUCAAGCAACUAAUGGUAUGGUUUGUGUUGUUGAAUUUUCCGGUAGAGGUUAUUUCUCUGGUAAAAAAAAUAGUUUCAAAGCAAGAAUUUAUAAGAAUAAUGAAGAAGCUAAAAGUUCUGAUAAUGCAUUAUAUACGAUACGUGGUCAAUGGUCUGGUUCUUCAAAAAUUUCAAAAAAUAUUAAAGAUGGUAAGAAAAUUACUACAUCUGAAGAAGUUUUAUUUUAUGACGCAGAUAGAACUCCUGCCGAACAUUUGGUUGUGAAACCAAUUGAAGAUCAACAUAUGUUAGAAUCUCGUAAAGCUUGGAAAUCUGUAGCAGAAGCAAUCAUCGGUAAUGAUUUCGAUGGAAUUACUGUAGCAAAGACAGAAUUAGAAGAAACUCAAAGAGAAUUACGUAAAGAAGAAGAAGCUAAGGGUAUUCGUUGGCAAAGAAGGUGGUUUAAUGAAGUAGAUUAUGCUCAACCACCUGCAGAUGAAAAAAAUGAAGUACCGGGUGAUAAUGAUACUUUUAUUUCUUUAGCUACUAUGUUAAAUCUUUCUUUGAAAAAUGUCCCAAGUGGUUCUUUAGUCGGUGAUAAAGAAGAUAAGAAAGAAGAUUUGACAGCUAUACACUGGAGAUUUAAGAGAGAUCUAUGGAACUCAGAAGAAGAAAUCGUAUUGUAA